GCAGCAUCAGGAGUAAAGUGGCCAGUCCGUCCGAGCGAGUCGCUCACAGCGCAGAUCCGUCGCUGCCGCGCAACGAGCGCACAUAGACGCGUCUACCCAGUUUCGUGCUCCCGCCCUCUCUGUCCACACUUGGUGACGAGUGGAGCCGAGCACCGAGGGGCUACUUACCGAACAGCACACAGCCGCUGCACAGUGUUGCUCCACUGGCUGUAAAAUGCAACUGCGGUCUUUGCGGGAUAAAGACGGCGCUCUCGCAUAAUCAUCGCUGUAGCGAAACAAGAACAAACGCCCGGAGGAGGGACAGGAGCAGCGAGUGGCAGCAGAGCAAGGAGCAACAUUGCAGCUUGAUGGUGCUGCUUACACUCUGCUCCUAAACUGAGUACCAUCUGAUGAAAAACUGGAGAAAUCGCUCUGUGCUCACAGGUGUGGACGGCAAUACUCCAAAGGUCUAAUUUGUCUGUGAUGAGCAUCCCCAUCCAGCAGAGACCAAAGGUACGGCUUGCCCCCGUUCCACCUGCUAAGAGGAAGUGAUGUCACGUCACCACCACCGCUUUGAGAGGGACUACCGGGGACCCUGGGAUCGGAGAGACAUCCGUCCUUCUGGUCUCCACAAUGGAGGAGCCCACCAUAGCUGUGCCUCUGCCGUCGUCAAUGGCAACAACCGGCCGGGGCUGCUUCCCCUCCCGGUCAUCCCCUCCCUCCUCCCCACCCCAGUUACAGUUGCCGUGACAACGUCGAGCUGUGACUUGGUGGUCAAGAGAGGCAUCACGGCAGCAGGAUCAGUGGCUCCAGCAUCGGCCAAGGUCUCUGGACAGUCUCCUGGAGACAGCCAGACCCCAGGACUACUGCUCGCUCAAGGAGUCAGGUGGGGACAGACACCCAUCAACCAGCUCACGCCCUGGGAUACAGACGAGCCCCCUGCCAAGCAACACAGAGACGGCGAGCCCACAGGUCCAGCCUGGGCUACACCCGUAGCUGCGGUGAGCCAGCAGAGUCUCCUGACCCAUUCCUAUGGCCUCCCUCAACCUCCGUCCUUCAGCCACAGUGUGACUGUGCAGUCACCCAUCAUAGGAGUAACCCCGUCUGUUCAGACACCAGUGGCCCCACAACAUCCCCUCAUGACCACCCACUUCCAGCUCACACCGCAGUCGACCCAGCAGGGGCCCUCCUUGGUACUGAGCAUGCCCAGUCAGCCUCCAUACCCUGUGGCUCCUCCAACGGUUACACCAUCCGCCCUCACUGCCCAAGCCAACCAGGUGGUUCAUCCAAACCCUCACAGCAUAAUGGGCAAUGGCCACUUAACCUCUCACUCCAGUCUCCUCCAACCCCCUACACUGCCUCUAACCAAUGGACAGACAGCGCUACAUACUCAGUUUACAGCUGCAGACAAUCAGGACGGCCCCAAUGGGUUGCAAAUGCUGCGGACAGUCGGGAGUGGGAAGUACGAGUUCAGUGACCCGGGACACCCCAAAGAGAUGUUGAAGGAGUUGAACCAACAGCGCAGAACGAAAGAGUUUACAGACCUGAAAAUUAUUGUUGAAGGCAAAGAGUUUGAAGUCCACCAAAAUGUUCUAGCUUCCUGCAGCUUGUAUUUCAAGGAUCUGGUGAAAAGGUCCUCAGGGGAGACGAAGAGCGGGGAGAUGCUGGAGCUCAAUAUGGGCAACAUCAGCGCCAAUGUGUUGGAGCUGCUGCUCGAGUUCGUAUACACGGGAUCGCUGGUUAUUGACUCGGCCAACGCCAAGACACUACUAGAGGCUGCCAACAAGUUUCAAUUCAACACCUUCUGUAAAGUCUGUGUCUCCUUCCUAGAGAAACAGUUGACUGCUGCUAACUGUCUGGGUGUGCUGGCCAUGGCUGAAGCCAUGUGUUGCACUGAGCUCCAUAACAUGGCCAAAGCGUUUGCACUUCAGAACUUUCCUGAGGUGGCAGGUCAGGAGGAGAUUUUAAGGGUGUCUAAGGAGGAUCUGGUGGCAUAUCUGUCCAACGACAGCCUGAACACAAAGGCAGAGGAGCUGGUCUAUGAGACUGUCAUCAAAUGGAUAAAACAAGACCCCAUCUCCAGAGUGCAGCAUUUGUCCGAACUCUUGGCGGUGGUUCGUCUUCCUUUCAUCCAUCCAUCCUACCUGCUCAAUGUCGUGGAUAACGAGGAGCUGAUCAAAUCAUCUGAGGCGUGUCGGGAUCUGGUCAACGAAGCCAAACGUUACCACAUGUUGCCCCAUGCACGGCAAGAGAUGCAGACCCCCAGGACCCGGCCGAGACUUUCUGCAGGUGUAGCAGAGGUGAUAGUUCUGGUUGGAGGGCGACAGACUAUUGGGAUGAACCAGCGCUCACUGACAGCAGUCACAUGUUUUAACCCCCAGAACAAUAAGUGGUACCCGCUGGCCAGCCUGCCCUUCUACGACCGUGAGUUCUUCAGUGUCAUCUCAGCAGGAGACAACAUCUACCUGUCAGGUGGCACUGAGUCAGGCGUGAUGGUGGCUGAUGUGUGGUGUUACAUGUCACUUUUGGACAACUGGAAUCUGGUGUCCCGGAUGACUGUGGCUCGCUGCAGACACAACAGCCUGGUGUAUGACGGAAAACUGUAUACCAUAGGAGGACUGGGUGUAUCUGGGAACUUGGACCAUGUGGAGAGGUACGAUACAAUCACCAACACGUGGGAGACUGUUUCUCCUCUUCCUAAGCCAGUCCAUUCAGCGGCUGCCACUGUGUGCGGAGGAAAGAUCUACGUUUUUGGGGGCGUAAACGAGGCUGGGCGCUCAGCAGGCGUCCUUCAGUCCUACAUACCACAGACCAACGCUUGGAGCUUCAUUGAAUCACCCAUGAUAGAUAACAAAAACGCCCCUGCUGUCAGUCUAAAUGGUUUUAUAUUCAUUCUGGGAGGAGCCUACGCUCGAGCCACAACCAUCUAUGACCCAGACAAAGGCAACAUCAAGGCUGGACCCAACAUGAAUCACUCUCGGCAGUUCUGCAGUGCUGUCGUUCUGGAUGGUAAGAUCUACGCCACUGGAGGUAUCGUGAGCAGCGAGGGUCCGGCCCUUGGCAACAUGGAGACGUUUGACCCUUGCACCAACAUGUGGACGCUCCUCCAGUCACUGCCCUGCCCGCUCUUCAGACACGGCUGCGUGGUCAUUAAGAAGUACAUUCAGAGCGGCUGACGGCAGCCCGGACGGGAUCGUUCCGAGUCGCAGCCAAACACCAGCCGAACUCCUGUUGUGGGAUGAUGUGUGACGGCAGCUCAAAGCCGGGCCGGCCGACCGUUUGGUCAGUCGGCAUCGAUCCACGCGGCUUACCCUGCAAACUCGCCACCCACCAAUGAAACAAAACCCUGUGCAGAAUGUACUCAUGCUCUACAUGCUACUUAGCCAUGCCAGGUGACAAUGCCUAACCUCGAGUGCUGUACGUGUCAUGGUAGUAGUUCAUCCUCUCAUCCAACAGGCACAGGGACCCUCUUAGUAACUUAUAAGUGUUUCAGUUUAUUUAAGUGAAGUUGUCUUUUCAGUUGUCUCUUCCAGAUCUUUGUGAAUCCACCACUUUCCUUGCCUCUGAGCUCAGUGAACACCAUUGCAGGUCCAUGCUUUUGUCAUUUUGAGUAAUACUGUUCACCAGGUGUAGGUUUCAUAGAAGUGUCUUUGUGGUGUGAGGACAGUUCUGAGUAGUGAUAUUUACAGGACCUGAAGGAUGACGGAGCCAAGCAGGACUGCUUUACUCUUUAUCUUUUGGUUGGAGGAGUUUCUUCUCUCCACUGCGUGUGGAUUUAUGAGGUAGUUCCAGAACCAGAUUGUGAACUCUCUAUGACCCAGUUUUAUUUGAUCAAAUCAUUAAACAUAGGAGAAGGUGAUCAAAUCUGGGUCACACUGGGUUCACUGUGAAAAAAUGUUGAUUUCAAGAGUCGAGCUGGAGUUGCACGACAACAAAGGAAAAACAACCUGGAGCCUUCCUCCCUCCUCUGCCUUUACUUUCUGGGACAAAGAUUAGAUUAAAGGGAGCGGGGAGGAAUUCCUCUUUCUGUCGUCGUCUGAUCUGAUACUGAAGGAAAAAAAGCACAAUAUUCACCUGUGACUGUCAUCAUAGAUGUUAUCUGUUGAUUCAUGGGUUCUCGUCUUUUAUCAGCCCCCACCCUGUUUUCUGAUUUAUACAGUGUGUUUCAUUGCAGCCCACAAAUGAUGUUGGGUUGGUAUUCUGUAAAUACAGGAAGGAAAUAUGUAUAUUUUACAACCUGAAAGCAAUUCUGUAUAAAUGUUUUUAGAAAAAAAGACUCAUAGGCUGGAUUCAACAUAUGUCUGUAAAUCUGUACCCAAAAAGGAGAAACUAACAAUUAUUAUUAAACCCUAAUACAUAUACAAGGA